AUGAGUUGCCUAAAAGAAGUUCCGACACUCAGAGGUGACAACCACACUGAGUGGAGGAAGAAAGUUGAACUGGCAUUUAUUUGUGCUGAUCUUGACUGGGUUGUGGUGAAACUACAGCCGGUCAGACCCACAGAGCCAGUAAGAGAGGCCACUGAUGAUGAUGCUGCAUGGGCUAAAAAGAAGGGGGACUAUGCUCCUUUGGAGCAGUCCUACCUCAUAGAUAACGAAAAGUGGGUCAAUGCAAACAAAAAGUGCAUGGCUUUCAUAAAGAAUACAAUUGAGAGUGCCAUUAUGGGCUCCAUUGCAGAGUGCACUUCCGCAGGGGAGUUGCUUGCAAAGAUAAAGAGCCAGUUCACUGGCUCUUCAAAGAUCUAUGCCACCCAUGUGUUAGAGCAACUGGUGACAGAACGCUACACAGGUGGUAAUCGUGGAAUAAGAGAGCACAUCCUCAGGAUGAGUAAUAUGGCAGCAAAGCUCAAGCACAUGGAUGCGGAUUUGGAGAUCAAAACAGCGCUCCUGGUCCACCUGGUCAUGGCUUCACUGCCACAUGAGUUUGCAACUUUUGUUGUAAAUUAUAAUAUGUCACCUGGAACAUGGGACAUUGAAAAGACAAUAGCAAUGUGUGUCCAAGAAGAGGACAGACUCAAAGCCGCACAUGGUGGUUCAAUCAACUAUGUGAAGGAUUGGAAGAAAAAGAACUACAAUCAAAACAACAAAAGUUCUCCUUCAAAGAAUGGAAAAGCCCCCUAUCAGCAUCAGCAUUAGCAACAGUCUUUCUCAGUGGACAAAGACACGUGUCUCCACUGCAAGCAGAAAGGGCACUACAAGAAAGACUGCGCUGCUUGGCUGAAGUCAGUCAUGGCAAAAAGAGGUAACAAUAUAGUUUCAUUUGUCAAUGAAUCCUUGUAUACACAGUUUUCAAAAUCCCUUGGUGGAUUGAUUCAGGAGCAACUGUUCAUGUUGCAAAUUCUUUACAGGGAUUCCA